AAUCUCUCUCUCUCUCUCUCAGCGUUUUCUCUGCAAUUCAUUUCUCUUUCUCCAAGCUCUUCAAUUCCUCCUCUCUUUCAUCAUCAUCAUCAAGCUCUGAUUCUGCAAGCAGAAGAAGAAGAAGAAGAAGAAGAAGAGCUGCAAUGGCCCUCUCUCUUCCUCAGAUUCAACAAGAAGAAACAAUGCCAUAUCAAGAUCAAACCCCUGAAACCCACUCAGAUAAUUCUGAUAUUGUUUCAGAUCUAGGGUUUUCUGUUUCAGAUCAAACCCAAGAAACCCAUUUGGAAGAAAGUGGUAUCAUUUCAGAUCACUGUAUAAAAGCCACGCAAACCUAUCAAACGCAAGAAACCCAAUCUGAUAACAGCGGUAUCGUUUCAGAUCAUGAUCAAACCGAAGAAACCCUACCAGCAACAGGCAACAUCAACGCAAAUCAUGAUCAGGAGCAGAACCUUCCUAUUUUGCAGAAGAUUGAUGCUUUGAGCGCUAAAAUCAAGAUGUUAAAAAUGGAGCAUGUGGUCCUAUCAGAAGAAGUAAAGAGCAUCGUUCCAGCAUCCUUUCCCAGCACUGAUCUAUCUGCAGCCCUUCAGUCUCUUGGGUUUAAGUACGAAGAUCUGAAGAAAAAAUACCUUGAAGAGAGCUCCGAGCGGAAGCGUCUUUACAAUGAAGUAAUUGAGCUGAAAGGCAACAUCAGGGUCUUUUGCAGAUGUAGACCUUUAAGCCCAGAUGAAUUUGCAAAUAGUUCUUCCUCUGUCUUAGAUUUUGACCCAUCCCAAGAAACGGAGUUGCAGAUUACUUGCUCCGAUUCUUCCAAAAAACAGUUCAAAUUCGACCAUGUUUUCGGCCCCCAAGAUAAUCAAGAGGCUGUCUUUGCAAAAACAUCACCAAUCGUGACAUCGGUGUUGGAUGGGUUCAAUGUCUGUAUAUUUGCGUAUGGACAGACUGGGACAGGGAAGACAUUUACGAUGGAAGGAACACCAGAAAACAGAGGUGUUAACUACAGGACAUUGGAAAAGCUGUUUCAGAUUUCGAGAGAAAGAGAGACUACAAUGCGCUACGAGUUGCUUGUGAGCAUGUUGGAAGUUUAUAAUGAGAAAAUUAGAGAUCUUCUGGUUGAGAAUUCGAAUCAACCAGUGAAGAAGUUGGAGAUAAAGCAAGCAGCAGAGGGAACACAGGAAGUCCCAGGGCUGGUUGAAGCUCCGGUUGUGAACACAGAUGAGGUGUGGGAACUGCUCAAAGCUGGAACCCGAAAUAGAGCAGUUGGAUCAACCAAUGCCAACCAGCUCAGCAGCCGCUCGCACUGCUUGUUGCGUGUGACCAUUAGGGGGGAGAAUCUGGUAAAUGGGCAGAGAAGCAGAAGCCACCUCUGGCUGGUAGAUCUUGCUGGCAGUGAACGUGUGGGGAAGACUGAAGUUGAGGGAGAAAGGCUCAAAGAGUCACAGUGCAUUAACAAGUCCUUGUCAGCACUUGGUGAUGUCAUCUCGGCGCUUGCAUCCAAGAAUCCGCACAUACCAUACAGGAACUCAAAGCUUACCCAUUUGCUGCAGAGUUCUCUAGGUGGAGAUUGCAAGACGUUGAUGUUUGUUCAGAUCAGCCCAAGUGCCACAGAUUUGGGAGAGACUCUCUGCUCACUCAAUUUCGCCAGUCGGGUUCGUGGGAUCGAGCAUGGCCCAGCCCGUAAACAGUCGGACCCUAUGGAAUUUUUCAAGUACAAACAGAUGGCAGAGAAGCUGAAGCAAGAUGAGAAGGAAACAAAGAAAAUGAUGGACAGCUUGCAGUCAUUGCAAUUGAAGUUUGCCGCCCGGGAGCAGCUGUGCAGAAACCUUCAGGAAAAGGUUAAAGAACUUGAGAGCCAACUAGCUGAAGAGAGGAAAGCCAGACUGCAACAGGAAAAUAGAGCUGCUGCCAAAGAUCAGAAGGCGGCCCAAAAUGAAAAAAAACCACCUCUGUUCCCAUCUAAGCUGCGGCCACCUCUCGGCAGACUCACCAACGUCCUGCCUCCCAUGGGUCCCACUCGGAUCAGUGCCGCUCCCCAACCGGCAAAGGAAGACAAAGAGAACAUGAUCAUUACAACAAGACUACCUGCGGUCUCCCCACCAGCCAAGCCUCCCAUGAGAGCACGCCGGAUUUCCUUGGCCACUUCAGCACGCCCUCAAACUAUGCAGCCCAAGAGGCGGGUCUCCAUCGCGGUUGUAUCAACCAAUGCUACCACUGCAACUUCUACAAAAUACUCCUCGCAUAUAAUCAACGGUGGUAAUAUGGUGGGCCGGAAAUCUUUUGUGAGGGACCCACGGAGGCGAUCAAGGAUAUUCUCUCCGCUGCCCGAACCGACAUUACUAGCAAUGACUCCAGACAGUAAAAGAAGCAGCAGCAUUAUCAGCAGUGCAAGCAAAUUCUUCAGCCCCCCAACACAGCAACGCUCAUGGGUUCCAAAGCUGCCAACCGUCAUUUCUCCACGACGGUCACGGUUAGCCAUCUCCAGCCCACUCAACCUAAGGGGCCUGAGAAAUACACAGGCACUCAACAAAUUCUGUUUAAGUGUUCAGCGGAAAGUUGUUAGCUCGCCAGCUGCACAACAGCAAUCAUCAUCAGCUAUUUCAGAAGCAUACAGUCGACUUCAGCAAGGCAAAGAAGUGUCAGGAACGAUGGGCCCUGCUCGACAGAUUUUGUUGAACCACAGAAGAAGAGCUAGUAUUCAGUCAUUCGUGUAACAAUAAUAACGUUCUUUUCUUCUUCUGCUUCUUCUUCUUCUUCUUUUUGUCUGUUUCUUGUGUUUGUUGUUGCCGUAGAUAACAUUUGACAAACGAGAAACUUUCAGUCGUUCUCUUGUAUCAGCAUUUUUUAACCACUGGCAGAUGCUUUCUUUUAUGUAUAAAGAGGAAUCUAUGGUGGAUGGCCGCCAGUUCGGUUAACUUCAUCCCAACUUAUAUAAUCUGAAAGCAGCAACUGAAUGAGGAAUGUUCAUAAAAGCGAACUAGUUUGUAUUA